CCCCCCUCUCCCCAACAGUGAGCCGUGGUUCCUUGCACGCUGCCCACUCCCUGCUCACCCGCUGCUCGAGCAGCUCGCCGAUGACUAGGCGUCGUCAUGUUCUCUUGAUCAAAGUGCCGACUCGCACCCUACCCCGUCGCCCCGGCCGUGCCCAUUCUGUAGCAACCCUACCUCGACCCUCCAGAAGCCCGGACGGCGCGCCAUAAGAUGGACGAUUCCGAGGAGGAGGUCGACACUCGUAUCGAGUCGCUCCUAGACCAGCGCCAGUCCCUGACGGAAGAGCUGCUGUCCAGCCCCUACGACCUCGUCCUCUACAUAAAGCGUGCUUUGGUGUACUCCGAUCUAGCCUACCCCGAUCUAGCCGCCGGCGAUGCCUAUCGAGCACUGUUGUUGACCGACGAAGUCCGCGAUGAGAACUUCGAGUACCAUGACCAAGCCGUCGCGGCCUUGUUGGUGUACGCUAAUGGCCCUAUGUUAGAUAUCCUCGACUUCGGUUCGCUAUCCGGAAGUCAGUCUCGCCUACCCGAGUUGGGUGGGGCGAUUGAUAUCCUCGCCUUUGCUUCGCUUGCAUCUAUCCGCUGCUACCAGGUCCUAUCCCUGAGCCUCCUCCUAUGCGGCUCUCUGAAGAGCGCCUCGACAUUUUGCGAGCGAGGGCUCGCUUUGGCUCCGGGCAACGCAGACCUCGUCAAUACCCGGGAGCACAUCCAGACCGUCGCCGAGCGCAGAACGCGUAGGCGAAUCUCCAACACGAACGACCUCCCAGAUUGGGGUACGGUACGUAGGGAAGUCUAUCCUUGGAAUGCCUACGAGCCGGAUCGGUUUUCGGAUGAAUCCCUGACCUUGCUAAACACCGAAUUGGCCAGGAUGGCACCCAAGUGUAUUGUUGAGGUUGCCGAGCUACCGGUAUUGCUUGGUUGCCCUAGCCGUACAGAUGGGUACGACAUAAUUCCGACAUGUUAUCAGCUCGGCGUUUUUGCCAAGGAAGAUAUCGCGCCGGGAGAAGAUGUCCUUGUGGAAUAUUCGCUGGUAACAGCCAACAAUCGUCUCAAGGACGCAGUUUGUGAUGCCUGCGGUAGCGAGCUCCCGUCUCUGGGGAGUGAAUCGACCGCUGUUAGCUGCCCGGAAUGCUACGACACUGUUUUUUGCGACCAAUUCUGCUUCGAGCAAGCUCAGGGGCUUUACCACCCAGCCGUCUGCGAUAAGGAUGUCGAUUCGAUCGCCAAGGACCCCAGUGCCGACGAUGCCGACGCAACGCUUCAUCUCUUGCUCCUAGCGCGUGUUUUGGCAAUGGCGGAGCAUCAGGAUGUACACCCGCUCGACGUCAGCCAAGUCAAGUAUAUCUGGGGCGAUUUCGUGUCUUCGCAAACGAACGAGAUCGAUCUGUCACCUAAGGCCGGGCCACCCCCAGACUGGACUCUUCCUUUCUCUUUUAAAUAUAACAUCGAGACGCCUCUUCACAUCCUCGAGAAAAUGGACAUCGACAUCUAUGCCUCGCUCGCUCGCUACGACGUUUGGGUAUUCAACACCCUCUAUAGCAAGUUCCGCGGCACGGCGUCGGCUCGCAAGAACAUAAGAGAUGGACGGCCUGACGUCGCUGCCGUCCAUCCCUUCUGGUGUCUUGCCAACCAUGACUGCAACCCGAAUGUCACCUGGGAAUGGGGCGGUCGAAUGACGUUAAAGGCGCGCGAAACGAGGGUCGUCGGCAAUACACCAGGUGGCAUCAGGGCUGGAGAGGAGAUCCUCAGCCAUUACUGUGACGUGAACUUGCCCGUCCAGCAGCGCAGAGAGUGGGCUCGUGGUAGCCUCGGCGGCUGGUGCAUGUGUCGCAGAUGUCGCGAGGAGUCCCCCGAGAAUAAAUCUCCGGAGUGACAUUUGACGGAUAACCUGCCGGUUUUUCUCCUCGGCUGAGGUCAAACCAACACGUAUCCUGCGGCGAUGAGUUUGGUUCUCUCAUGAGUAUACACGUGUCAUGACUGCCGACUCAA